GGGAGGGAGAGAGAGAGAGAGAGAGAGAGGGAGACGAAUGGAUGUGACGGACUGCGACCGAGAAUGAUGGCUCGGUGAGGGAGGGGUCUGAAGAGAUGAUGUCCAAAGCUGAAAGGCGAUCGGGGCUAAAACGACUCUCGUUGACUUCUCUGUGCGCACUCACACACACACACACACACACACACACACACACACAGACACAGAGAGGAGCCGUCGCCCUCUAACGCACCCCGUUGUCUCCUGGAGCGGAGCAUCGUGCCGAAAGGGAUUUGUUUUGGUUUUUUUUAGUGCCCGUUCCGGGUCACGUGGAGCCGACGUUUGGAGCGGGUGACGCCUGUGGGUCGGCGCAUGGAUGCAGAACCGGUGCCGGGUAAGAGCGAGAGGGACCCCUAUGUCCGAGCAUCAGGAUGGCCACCGAAGGCUCCACUAUCCCCAGCCCCGUGGUGCGACAGAUUGACAAGCAGUUCUUGAUCUGCAGCAUAUGCCUGGACCGCUACGAGAACCCCAAAGUCCUGCCCUGCCUGCACACCUUCUGCGAGAGGCGCAACCUUGAAAACUGGAUUCCAACAGCAUCCAAACGUCUCCCAAACCUGUUGUCGUCCUCCAGGUGCCUGCAGAAUUACAUCCCUCCCCACAGCCUCACGCUGUCCUGCCCCGUGUGCCGCCAGACCUCCAUCCUGCCGGAGAAGGGCGUGGCGGCGCUGCAGAACAACUUCUUCAUCACCAACCUGAUGGACGUGCUGCAGCGGGCGCCGGACAGCCGCAGCCGGGAGGCCGCCGCCCUCGACGCCGACGCCAACGUUCCCACGGCCCGGCUGCUGUCCUGCCCCAACCACGCAGGCAACCUUAUGGAAUAUUACUGCCCGCCCUGUGAGACGGCCAUGUGCCAGGAGUGCACGAGCGGGGAGCACGGAGACCACCCGACGGUGCCGCUCAAGGACGUCGUGGAACAACACAAGGCCUCGCUGCAGGGCCACCUAGACGCUGUCAAGAACAGGUUGCCAGAGAUCAGCUCAGCCCUGCAGACGCUGUCGGAGAUCCUGCAGCAGCUGACCAAUCAGAAGAGCGCCAUCGAGGGCGGCAUCCACGCCACCUUUGACGAGCUGCAGAAGACCCUGAACGUCCGCAAGAGCGUGUUGCUGAUGGAGCUGGAGGUCAACUACGGCCUCAAGCAGAAGGUGCUCCAGGCCCAGCUGGAUACUCUGCUGCGGGGCCAGGAGGCCAUCAACAGCAGCUGCGACUUCGCGGAGCGCGCCCUGAGCCACGGCACCGAGGCCGAGGUGCUGCUGGUGAAGAAGCAGAUGAGCGAGCGCCUCGCCGAGCUGGCCGGCCGGGAGCUGCCCCUGCGGCCCGGCGAGAACGACCAGCUGGACUUCGCGGCGGAGACGGAGGGGCUGAAGAAGUCCAUCCACAACCUGGGCGCCAUCCUGACGACCAACGCGGUGGCCUCGGAGACGGUGGCGACGGGCGAGGGCCUGCGCCACUGCGCGGUGGGCGUCCCCACCUCCGUCACCGUCACCACCAAGGACAAAGACGGCGAGCUGUGCAAGGUGGGCAACGCGGUCAUCGCCGCCGACAUGGCCGCCGCCGACGGGAGCAGGGGGCAGGGGGACGUGGUGGACAACAAGAACGGCACUUACGAGUACUCCUUCACGGCUCCCAAAGAGGGCACCUUCAGCCUGUCGCUGCGUUUGUACGAGCAGCACAUCAAAGGAAGCCCCUUCAAGGUGAAGGCCACCAAAUCCGCAGACGUGUCGCAGGGUUCGGAAGGCGUCAAGAAGAGGCUGAAGUCUCCGGGCAGCGGACACGUCAAGCAGAAGGCCAUCAAGAGGCCGGCCAGCAUGUACAGCACGGGCAGGAGGAAAGAGAACCCCAUCGAAGACGACCUCAUCUUCAGAAUCGGCACAAAGGGAAGAAACAAAGGGGAGUUCACUAACCUGCAGGGGGUGGCUGCCUCUUCUCUGGGGAAGGUGCUGAUAGCAGACAGCAACAACCAGUGUGUCCAGGUUUUCUCCAACGACGGCCACUUCAAAAGUCGCUUCGGCGUGCGCGGCAGGACGCCGGGGCAACUGCAGCGGCCGACCGGCGUGGCCAUCCACCCAAACGGUGACAUCAUCAUUGCCGACUACGACAACAAAUGGGUCAGCAUCUUCUCGAGCGAAGGCAAGUUCAAGAACAAGGUGGGCUCGGGGAAGCUGAUGGGCCCUAAGGGCGUGUCGGUGGACAGGAACGGACACGUCAUCGUGGUGGACAACAAGGCUUGCUGCGUCUUCAUCUUCCAGCUCAACGGCAAGCUGGUCACCAAGUUCGGUAACCGAGGCAACGGCGACAGGCAGUUUGCAGGUACACUCAAUGGGCCUCACUUUGCUGCUGUCAACAACAACAAUGAGAUCAUCGUGACCGAUUUCCACAACCACUCCGUCAAGGUGUUCAACACAGAAGGCGAAUUCUUGCUGAAGUUUGGUUCAAACGGCGAGGGCAACGGGCAGUUCAACGCCCCCACGGGGGUGGCGGUGGAUGUCAACGGAAACAUCAUAGUGGCCGACUGGGGCAACAGCAGGAUACAGGUGUUUGACGGCAGCGGUUCCUUCCUCUCUUACAUCAACACGUCGGCGGACCCGCUGUACGGCCCUCAGGGUCUGGCCCUCACCUCCGACGGACACGUCGUGGUCGCAGAUUCCGGCAACCACUGCUUCAAAGUCUACCGCUACUUGCAGUAGCCCGUCUCUGUCGACGCACGCACGCAUGCAUGCAUGCACGCACGCAUGCAUGCACGAGUGUGAGGAACCGUUCACGUUCACGGAUGGGCCAUUCGUAACCUCGUUCACGUUCCGUUUGCAUUCCACACACUUAGAAAAACUAAAGCUUAAGUAUUGUACAUAUGUUAGACCUUUUUUAAUUGCUGUGAUGUGGCAGGAGAACUGGGAAAAAAAUAAAGUUAUUGCACUUGUUCCUAAAACCACUGGUCGUACACUGUUAAAUGAGAUGAAGUAAAGUCAUAGUCUAAUUAAAAUUAAAGGGGUAAGCUAGUUCCAGUGACGGCAGCUUCCUGUAAAAUGCUCUUAAAAGUCCUCACAUUUUGCCUGUUCACUUAAAAAAAAAACACACACUGUAGGUAGCGGGGUAUUGUAGAGCAUGAUUAGGCUUCUCGUGCAUGUUGUCUUUACUAAUAAGUGCUGUGCACAAUGGUUUUUAAAUUGAUCAAAUCUAUAUGAAGGGAAAAACUGUUUCAAAUACAACCCUUCUGUCUAUCAUGUGAAAAAUGAUUCGUAAUAAAUUUAAAUGAAUAAACAUGUGGUUAUUAAAGUAAGCUGAUAACUUUGUUUUUCUAAAACCACAAAUUGUGUUUGUUUGUGCAAGACAAGUGAGAUUGGUUCCUUAAUUGAUCACAACACAAACGAAAGCCACUAGACGUAUGUUGAUUUUAAAAAUACUGAAAAUAUAAUUAGUGAAAAUGUGUAUUCAUCAUGCUGCAAUUCAGGUUUAAUCCAUUAUCAGAGAGCUGCAAUCACAUGUACCCCUUUCCUACUAAUCAGAAUAUAUUGAUCGAUCUUCCAAAACAACGCAAUAUAUAGUCAACAGCUGAGGUGUGUGUUGUAAAAAGGGAAGUGUGCUUCUGUUGGAAAGCCUUAGUCAAAGUGUGCCCCUCAUUGAGCGCAGUUUUCCGUAUAAAUCUGGUCAUCCAUUUUCUACACAAUCCUGUUAAAUGAUUUGUUUCCAUUGUCCUGUUUAUAUUUGUAAUGCCAAAUGGAAUUAAAGUGCCCACAGGAAUGAA